CUCUCCCAUCUUUUGUCAGGUUUUUUUUUUGGAGCCCUAGGGCUGGCUGGGUCAGGAAGCAGUGACUGUCAUGGAUGAAGAAAAGCUCCCAUGUGAACUGCGUGAGGAUGGAGGUGCUAUCCAGGACCACAGCCUGGAACCUGAAGGGGAGCCUGGGGUCCAGAAUGGAGUGCAAACCAGCGAAGGCCCAGACAGCCACAUCAGCACCCCAGGUGGUGAGAAGAGAGGCAACUUAGAUGGCGCCAUGGAGCCUCUGGGAGAUCCAGAUGUGGCCCUGCCUGGCCUCAGCUUCUCUCUCACCAAUGGCCUGGCCUUGGGACAAGAUGGGAACAUUCUGGACGAUUCUAUGGAAUCCAGGCCCUGGAGGGCUAGUGAAGCAGCACAGGAGGAGGAUGUCUCUAGGAGUCUCUGUCCAGAUGCUGGAGGGCUGGAUUGCCCUGGGGAGCCAGAUGUGCGGGACGGCUUCAGUGCCACCUUUGAGAAGAUUCUGGAGUCAGAGCUGUUGCGGGGCACCCAGUAUAGCAGCCUGGACUCAUUAGAUGUGCUGAGUCUCACUGACGAGAGUGACAGCUGUGUGAGCUUUGAAGCCCCUCUUACGCCUCUCAUCCAGCAGCGGGCUCGUGACAGCCCUGAGCCUGGGGCUGGACUGGGCAUUGUGGACAUGGGGCCUGAGGGGGACCAAGGGGCAGCUGGUGGUGGUGAUGGGGAGCUGGGCAGCCCCCUGCGGCGGUCCAUUUCUAGCAGCCGCUCAGAGAAUGUCCUGAGCCACUUGUCUGUCACAUCGGUGCCCAAUGGGUUCCAUGAAGAUGGACCUGGGGGCUCAGGAGGGGACGAUGAGGACGAUGAAGACACGGACAAGUUGCUGAACUCUGCCAGUGACACCAGCCUCAAGGAUGGUCUGUCGGACUCGGACUCAGAGCUGAGCAGCUCCGAGGGGCUGGAGCCUGGUGGGGCAGAUCCACUGGCCAAUGGGUGCCAGGGUGUCAGCGAAGCUGCUCACCGCCUGGCCCGUCGCCUCUACCACCUUGAGGGCUUCCAGCGCUGCGAUGUGGCUCGGCAGCUGGGCAAGAACAAUGAGUUCAGCAGGCUGGUCGCUGGGGAGUACCUCAGUUUCUUCGACUUCUCAGGCCUCACGUUGGACAGAGCACUCAGAACCUUCCUGAAGGCCUUCCCACUGAUGGGGGAGACGCAGGAGCGAGAGCGAGUCCUUACCCACUUCUCCCGCCGGUACUGCCAGUGUAACCCAGAUGACAGCACAUCAGAAGAUGGGAUCCACACACUCACCUGUGCCCUGAUGCUGCUCAAUACAGACCUGCAUGGACAUAACAUUGGCAAGAAGAUGUCCUGCCAGCAGUUCAUUGCCAACUUGGACCAGCUGAAUGAUGGCCAAGACUUUGCCAAAGACCUGUUGAAGACGCUUUACAACUCCAUCAAGAAUGAAAAGCUGGAAUGGGCCAUUGAUGAGAAUGAGCUGAGAAAAUCCCUGUCUGAGCUGGUGGAUGACAAGUUUGGGACAGGCACAAAGAAGGUGACUCGGAUCUUGGAUGGUGGCAAUCCAUUCCUGGAUGUCCCGCAGGCUCUCAGCGCUACUACCUACAAGCAUGGCGUGCUGACCCGGAAGACUCAUGCUGACAUGGAUGGCAAGAGAACACCCCGAGGGAGGCGUGGCUGGAAGAAAUUCUACGCGGUGCUCAAAGGGACCAUUCUGUACCUGCAGAAGGAUGAAUACAGGCCGGACAAGGCUCUGUCCGAGGGUGACUUGAAGAACGCCAUCCGUGUGCACCACGCUCUGGCCACCAGGGCUUCUGAUUACAGUAAGAAGUCCAACGUGCUCAAGCUGAAGACAGCAGACUGGAGGGUCUUCCUCUUCCAGGCACCGAGCAAGGAAGAAAUGCUGUCCUGGAUCUUGAGGAUCAACCUAGUGGCUGCCAUCUUUUCCGCACCGGCCUUCCCAGCAGCUGUUAGCUCCAUGAAGAAGUUUUGUCGGCCCCUGCUGCCUUCCUGUACCACUCGCCUCUGCCAGGAGGAGCAGCUGCGCUCUCAUGAGAAUAAGUUGAAGCAGGUGACUGCAGAGCUGGCUGAGCACAGGUGUCACCCAGUGGAGAGAGGCCUCAAGUCCAAGGAGGCGGAGGAAUACCGGCUGAAGGAACACUAUCUCAUAUUUGAGAAAAGCCGUUAUGAGACCUAUAUCCACCUCCUGGCCGUGAAGAUCAAAGUGGGCUCAGAUGACCUGGAGCGGAUUGAGGCCCGGCUGGCUACUCUAGAAGGGGAUGACCCAGCUCUCCGGAAAACACACUCAAGCCCUGCCCUCAGCCUGGGCCAUGGGCCUGUGACUGGCAGCAAAGCCACAAAGGAUGCCUCUGCAUCAGACACUUAGCUGGUGUGGCUGUGCAGGCCCUGGAGUCAGGCAAAUGUCCCCAGAGGGGUCAGUGAGCACAAUUCCAGCCAGAGGCUGCUUGAACCAAGCUCCAGGCAGUUAGCAGGCAACAAGAUGGUAUGGAGAGCCACGUGGCCAAGGAGAUGCCAUUUG